AUGCCUGGAUGGUUCAAAAAAGUGUGGUAUGGGCUGGCGUCUUUACUCAGCUUCUCCUCCUUCCUCCUGAUCAUCGUCGCACUGGCCGUGCCGCACUGGCUGAGUGGGAAGAUCCUCUGUCAGACCGGAGUGGACCUGGUCAAUGCCACCGAUCCAGAGCUGGUGAAGUUCCUCGGAGACAUUUACUACGGGCUCUUCCGGGGGUGCAAGGUGCGGCAAUGCGGACUCGGGGGCCGCCAGUCUCGGUUCACAAUCUUCCCACAUCUGGUGAAGGAGCUCAACACGGGCCUCCACGUGACCAUUCUGCUGCUUCUCUCCCUGGCCUUGGCUCUGUCUCUGGUCAGCAUGGGCCUUGCCAUUCUCAACAUGACCCAGGUCCCCUACCGGGCAGUCAACGGCCCAGGAGGCAUCUUCCUAUGGAAUGUGCUGGCAGGUGGAGUCGUGGCGUUAGCCAUCACCAGCUUCAUGGCCGCAGUGAAAUUUCACAACCUGACCGAGCGAAUCGCCAACUUCCAGGAGAAGCUCUUCCAGUUCGUCGUGGUGGAAGAGCAGUAUGAAGAGUCCUUUUGGAUCUGUGUGGCCAGCGCUUCGGCCCAUGCAGCUAACUUGGUUGUAGUGGCCAUCAGUCAAAUCCCGCUCCCCGAGAUCAAGACCAAAAUAGAAGAGGCCACAGUCACAGCAGAGGAUAUCCUGUACUGA